GAUGCCUGCCAUCACUGUACCUGGAUGAGACGCUCCUGCAUCCAGCUGUGUUCUCCCGCAACGUACCGCCGUGUGUCAGGCAGGGGACAGGGGAGACGAACCGGGUGGCUGGAGGGAUACUGAACCAUCGUUAACCGUGAAGGCUGGAUAAAAGACACAGGUGUCCCAUGAGACCCGGUUGCUGCCUGGCGACGAGGAAAGGGGGUCUCUCCGCAUCUGUUGCCUGGGUGAAUUCAUUAACACGUUAGCAUCAAGCUAGUUAGCCUAAUUUGCAGGUACCUAACACAACGAGGUGUAAGUCACCGUUAUACCGAAAAUCACGAAUGUCAUCUUUGGUCUUCAGCUGUCAGCGCUCGACAUGAGUCUUUGGUAAAAACCGGGUUCGGUUACUGGGCUAUGUAUUACGUCUAGAGUAGGGGACGGACCUAAAGGUGUAGGAAUGGGUUUCAUGUAAGUAUAGGGAGCUAACGGGAGCUAGCAGGCUAGCUUCAUGGACACACAGUGGUAGGCUAUGCGGCUGCUGCAGCCCGCAGCCUGUAGCUACACCCUGCGACCUAACAUGGAGUCUCUGUUCCGCAUGAAGCCUCACGGUGUCUCAGAUACACGCAUACAAUGAUAACAGGGCAUUCGAUAGUCAGCUAGAAGGCCGACGCGACAAUGGAGUCUUUUCUGCAGAUAGCUCCCCAUUCACUGGCUAUAGUACUGUCCAGGGUUGGGGCUGGGGAGGCGGUGGGGGCGGCCGGGGUGUCAGAGAGCGAUGCGCUGCCGAGACACCACACCGGCUAUGAGAUUUUUGCCGAUUUUAAAGCAGAAAAUACACUGCACCAUGUAUGGAACCAGAGGAUUACGGAGGCUGUGUCCGAGACCUUCUUUUUGGGAUGGAUAGAUGAGCAUGUGCUGCUGAUCCAGGGGAAGGAGGACCACCUAGAGGUGCUGAGGGAGGGAUGGAUGCGGAGGUCCCUCAAUCCGCCACGAGGAUUCACCAUCAAAUACCUGGGUGAUGUGUCACCCAUCAGUAUGUCCCCCAUCAGCCAAUCACAGUUCAUCCCUCUGGGAGAAGUGUUGCUAUUGGCUAUCUCUGCUAUGAACUCUGCUCACAAGGCUGUCACUCAGGAGGCCCUCACCGAACACCUGCAGACAUGUUUCCCAGGUGUUCCCACACCAACAGAGGAGGUUCUGCACCACACGCUAAGCAUGCUGGUCCGUGAGCGGAAGAUCUACCCAACCACCGACGGAUAUUUUAUCGUAACCCCCCAAACGUACUUCAUCACGCCAAGCCUAAUCCGAACCAGUUCCAAGUGGUACCACUUAGACGAGCGAUCGGCUGACCGCCACCAACAGCAGCAGCACCAGAACCAGCAGCAGCAGCAGCAGCACCAGAACCAGCAGCAGCAGCAGCAUCAGAACCAGCAGCAGCAGCACCAGAACCAGCAGCAGCAGCAGCAGCAGCACCAGAACCAGCAGCAUCAGCAGACGCAGUGCACCUCCCCCCUCUCGGGCACCAUCACGCCCUCAACCUCUGGAGCUGUACGAGAUCGAACUCAUCAAAAGUCCAGCCAGAACCACAGUGGGGGUGGAGGUGGAGAUCCUUUUCACAACAACAGUUACCGUGGAGACGACCCCCCUAGCCACCACACCACCCUGCAGCGCCGAUCUCCCAAAGAUCACCGGGAGGCGUACUCGUCUCCCCAUUCCCCGCAAACCCCUCCUCAGCCAGCAGGGGGCAACGCAGAGAAGUCGCAGAGUCGCAGCACCCUUGGGUUUCCCUUCAAGACGGACACGCUCACAAAGCACCGGGGUGGGGGAGGGGGGGGAGGAGGAGGAGAGAUAGAGAAAACAGCAGGUGGAGGUAGUGGGACAGGGAGUCGGAAAUUUGGUUUGAAGCUGUUCCGUCUAAGCUUUAAAAAGGAUAAGACCAAGCAGCUGGCCACCUUCUCUGCACAGUUCCCGCCCGAAGAGUGGCCGCUGCGCGACGAGGAGACGCCCAGUCAGCUGCCCCGCCAUGUGGAGAUGGAGAUCAUCCGCAGAAUCAACCCUGACCUCACUGUGGAGAACCUCGCCCGGCACACAGCCGUCAUGAAGCGCCUCGAGGAAGAGCGUGCUCAGAGGAGCAAAGCGUCGUCAGCCAAUCAGAGCUCCAGGAGUAGGAGAAGUGGAGGGAGACAUAGGAAGCAGUCUCAGACCAAACUCAGUCGCUCGCAUAGCAAGACGAGGGCGUCUCGCGGUGAGCCGAGCGACCUGGAGCUGGAGCGGGACUACAGAGCCUACUCAUCCUCCCUGGCUCGGUCGCCGAGGGAACACGCCCUGGCCAUGGAUCGGCAACGGGCCCGCCUCCACCUGGCACACAGCAACCCCAACAUCCUGGAAUCCUCCCACCUGCCUGUCACGCCGGAGUGGGAUGUGUCCGGGGAACUUGCCAAGCGGCGCACAGAGAUGCCUUUCCCAGAGCCGAGCCAUGGUCCUUCAGCCCACCACUCCAAAGUCCACCGCUCACACUCCCACACCCAGGAGAGGAAAUCCAGAAACGAGCGCAGCGACAAGGCCAAGGAGCGUUCCAGGUCCAUGGACAAUUCUAAAGGACCUCUCGGAGCUGGGUUGAUUGGCCCGCCGGAUUACUACGACGAGCGGAGCCGGUACUAUACUGACGAUGGCACACUGCGAGCCAAUCAGAGCACUUCUCACUACUCUCGUGCCACCCCACCCUCGAAUAAACUGCCUGCAGAUUCUCUGGGGUUGGAUGGUGGCAGGAGUUUAGAGAAGAGUAAGAGCAGGGACAGCCUGCCUGCAUACUCACCCAAACUCCUGCCCUGCACCCUCCCGCCUGACGAUUACUUCCAGUGUUCAGGGUCCUCGGAGACGGCUCUCACAGCAGCAAACCCCCUGGGGACCCUGGGCAAGAGCAGCCAUGAUGGACUGAAGCUAGGCAGCUCUGACAGACAGAGUGACAGACAGACACCCCAUCCCCUGGAACAUAAGGAGGACUUGUCAAAGUUGGGUCCUAAGGGUGGUAGUCUGCCCCCAAUACCCCUCUCCCUCCCUGACCCCCCUCUUCCUAACGGCAGACCUCCCCACAGUGCCUCCUCGGGUCAGGAGAAACGUAAGGAGAUCUUUAGUAAAGACACUCUCUUCAAACCCCCCCCCAGCCUCCCCCUGCCCGGCUACAGCUCACUGAGGAAAACCCCGGCCCUCGCCUCCUCUACUUUGUCCUCGUCCUGCGAUGCUCUUGAUUCCCAGGAUGCCUAUGAUGCCCCCAAACCUCUGGUGGCCACACCGUCCGCCCCCCUACAGGGGAUUGAACCCACUACCAGUGCUGCAGAAGCCUCCUUCGACUACUACAAUGUCUCAGACGAUGAUGAACUAGAGGAGGGCGGGACUAAAAGUCGAGGAGAGGCCGAGAAGGCUGGAGGAGGGGUUGCUGGGAUGGGAGGCGGGGGGGCGGGGACCAUGCAGUGGCUGUUGGAGAGGGAGAAGGAGCGGGAUCUACAAAGGAGGUUUGAAAGAACACUCACCUUCCCUGGUGUCAAAGAAACCCUUCCAGAGCCCAGUCAGAACCAGCAGUCAGCCCACUCGGCGCGCCUCGACAGCAUGGACUCCAGCUCCGUCACUGUGGACAGUGGAUUCAACUCCCCACGGACGAGAGAGAGCCUGGCCUCUAACACCUCCUCCAUAGUGGAGAGCAGUCGUCGACAGAACCUGGCGCUGAGCCCCGGCCAUCUCGGCAUCGCUACCGGCACGGGCCCCCCCUUCUCCUUUCGUGCCAUCCCAGAACCUGCAGGCACCCAACCGGAGAAACUCCAGAAGCCUAGCGCUUGCCUUGCAUCAAUCACCAGUGUCUAGGAGCAGAACUAAGGCCUGGGUGCGGCACCAGAGGCCCGCGGACAGGGGCCAGAAAAUGAACCCCCCCCCCCAAAGGACUGUUACAUCUACAGACUGAGGAACUGAACCAGUGUGCUGCCACGGGCCCGCUGUGGAACUAUAGCUAUUAACACACACACACACACACACACACACACACACACCCACACCCACACACACACACACACACACACACAUUCAGAUACAAACAGAGCCGUAUAGAGCAACAGGGAACUGCUCUCUCUAUCUCCUUUCUCACAAACACACCAGGCCACAGACUCUGACCAUGUCAUUAUACAGCCUAGAGUUUACACACUACUGUUGUGUUGUUCACUUUCACGUGGGUACUUGUGGGGGUGUGUGUGUGUGUGUGUGUGUGUGUGUGUGUGUGUGUGUGUGUGUGUGUGUGUGUGUGUGUGUGUUUGUGUUUGCGUGCGUGCAUAAUAUGUAAUCUCAGGUCAUGUUAUAUCCACUCUCAUUCCAGCUGCUCCAGAUCAGUGUGUCUCCCUCUAGUGGUGCCUGGUGAUGUCACACACUGAAGAGGCGCUGCUCCUGUUACUGACGGUACACACACACACACCGCCGCUGAUCCAGCUGACUCACCGGUCUCUGUCGGCGCCUCUCUGGACUCACCACUGGCAGACACUUUGUAAGGUGCGGGGCCACAACAAAGACUACUCGACCACUGCUCCAAAGUGCAUCAAAAAUGUGGGGGGGGGGGGUAGAAAAGGUUUUUUACUAUGACUCGUGAAGCUGGAAAUGUCCUGUGUCUGUUGGAUGCCAUGAUGCCCAUGUGACCUGCCUGAACGUGCAGUCAGCUGCAGCUCCAGGGAUGAGGCGUUCAGGGACAUAUCUUCCUCCACUCUCUCUGGUAUGUUGUCCCUCAGGUCCACUGGGUGCAGCUGCUUCCUGCUCCUGUCAGGACAAAACCAUCCUCUGCCGGCCAGGGUCCACUGGUCACAUUUUCUCCACACCACUAUAAGAACAGAUAAGUACGGUGGCCCUGAGGGCUCAAAGAACUGCACAGCUCUCAGGGCCGCUGUAGAUAACCACGUUAUAGAUUUCUGAGGAGAAAUUCACAUGCUAUAGCAGCACAGAGGAAAUUAGAGGAAUAUACAGAAUAUACUCACCUCAUACAAUGUAAGUGAAUUUAUAUAUAGCUUGUUAUAAACUUUAUAAAUGCCUAUAUUUAUUAACAUUGGACCUGAAUCUAAUAAUGAAUUGAUGUCUUAUUGUACAUAUGGCAAAACUAUAGUAUUUCUCUGUUUUUAGAGCCACUUCGCUGUGGUGUUCAGAUAUAAGCUCCUGAGGUCCUAUGCUGAUGUACAGCUGCGGAACAAAUGAAGAGACCACUCCAAUUUUUUUCCUAAAACUUUAUCUCUACAUGUAUGGCAGCCAUUCCAGUGUCUGUUGAAUUCCAAAUUGCCAGUAGUUUAUAGAAUACUUAAAAAACAAAAAACAUUUAACUCAAAAGACGUACCUAUAAAAAAUUAAACAAGAACAAAUGAUAAUGCUGCAGUGGUCUCCUCAUUAUUUCCGGGGCUGUAUACUGAUCAGUAGACGCUGUUAUUUUGGUGAUUUAUUAUUAUUACAUUGGCAGACAGUCCUCUGUGAGCAGCUAGGUUUACACUUCUACCUGAGCAGGAGUAAAUACACCUUAACGACACAGCGAGCACACAGAACAUUUGAAACUGAAUUGCUUCUAUGCAUAUUUAGUUGCAGGGAGAGGAAGUGUGCGGCUGCAGACAGUGGACCUGAGGAGCAGCAUCAUCCCUGCUCCACAGCUAAGCGAUGCUAAGCUAACAGUGAGAUGCUUCUUUGUGGGAAAAGUUGGGAUUUUGUUAGUGAAUUUCAAAAUAAUAUUUCCCCGCAUCACAAGAAGUAUACGUCCCUCAGGAGCAGCUGUUGUGGCACUUGCGGGGGGGGGGGCAGAGCGUCCAACAGAGAAGAUGAGACAGAACUCAUCCAGACCAGUAUUCUACACAAGAAGCAGGGAUGUGACUUUGUUUAUGAUUUCAGUAUUUCUUUAGUUUACAUUAAUUUACAUUUCUAUCCAGUUCAUGACUACUUGAGUUUUUCUUCAAACUGUUUGGAUUAAAUCCUUGAGCCGCUCUCACUCCUGGUGCUAACAUGUAUUGUGGUCAGUGAGGACCAUGGUAAUAGUCAUAAUAAAAAGGGUGAUGAGAGAUUUGGGACGUAGUAAAGGUUGCUUUCACUUGUAUAAUAUGUUUCACCUGCAUACUUUGGCAACGGCCUGUCUAGUCCCUUCUGUAAAGCAUGUGGGGGCCCCGGCCUGGGACUACAGUGAAGGGUAAUGGGGCUCCGCUGACAAUGGCACAGGGAGGUGUGCAAUGAGACCACGUUCCAAAUGUCUGGUCUCACUUGAACCACUCCUGCAGCCCUAUGGGUCAGUUGUUUCCCAUCCUCCUAUAGGCUCAGAGAGCUGUCAGUCAUCCCAGUGUGGUCGUCAUAUUGGCUCUUCUACAACUACCUCCACAGCAGCAAAAACACAGCCUGUCCUUUCUACUACACACUGUCAUCAGCCUCUAGCCUGUGAAUGUCUGCAAACACACACACACACACUAACAUGCUACACAUCAAAGUGCUGGACUCCCUAUUGUUUCCCUUUCUUCACUAACAACAUUUGUUCUUAUGUUACAUGAAAGCAUUGUGGUUCAGCUGCAACUCCCCCCCCCCCCCCCACACACACACACUAAAAGAGGACCUUAGGCUUUCUCACGGAUGUAACACACUCUGUCCUGACAUACAGCUAUGCAAGCUAGCCCGCUAUGACAAGGCACAAAGAAGUUAAUAUCCAGUUCAGUGAGAAUGCACCCAUCUCCACAUGAGCAGGAACCCCCCCAGACAUGACCCUCACAGAGUAUCUGCUAGUAUACAUCAGCCUUGCAGGGUUUAGAAUGCCUGGAACCAACUCCCCCCCCCCCACACACACACACCUUUAGUGAUCUCAAUAUCAACCGUGGGAGUUCUGAAUAACAUCUCAAAGUGGACUGUAUCAAACAUGCACUCCGGAAGAAAUGAAGAGACCACUCCACAUCUUAAAUCUCAAUCUCUACAUGUAUGGCAGCCAUUCCAGUGUCUGUUGAAUUCCAAUACAGAGAAAUGUUGUCAGCAGUUUAAAGAAUACAAUAAAUACAAAUUAAAAAUCCUAUAAAUAGUACAACCAGAGAAAAUGAUAAUGCUGCAGUGGUCUAUUAAUUAUUUCCGGAGCUGUAUGUUGAGGUUGUUUCUGUUCUUGAAGUGUGAUCACAGUUCUGUUCAUUUUUUUAUAUUCUAACCCCUGUUAGGACCUACAGUCUGCUCCAUAGCUGUUUCUCUGGAUGCUAGGUACUAAACUCUUAUUGGGGAACAAAACACCAAUGGGUCAGUACGCCUCAGCUGUCUGAGGGUUCUAGCAUUGUAGCCAACGAACUGCUGAUUCUGAUUAAAGGCAGUACAGGUCCAAUCACAAUGAUACCAUACACAAGUGGUGCCAUCUUAUCCCUCUGGGACUUCAGAAAGACGUUCUGUUAGUCAUGGUGGAGUCUCUGUUCCACCUUUAACAUUUAGAGGAGCCCCCUGCCUACAAAUACUCUAUUUCCAAACCCCAAUGGUUCUGCUUCUUCUGAUAAUGUACCACUAAUCCUUGGUGAACUACUGCAGUGGAGUAUCAUGUGUAUACCGCACAGCCACACUGGGUUCUUGUCCCGGUUCCAUUAGUGGACCAGGGCUAUUCUCCCCUGCCUGGUGGAGGUCAGGGGUUCCCUCCAUUUCUGUUUAACGAGUGCACUGCCCCCUACUGACGUCCUCCUGCUACUGUCUGGUCCAGUGGCCCUCCCAUCAACCACUCACUCCCUCCAGCCACAGUCCUGUAACCCCCCCCCCCCAUCCCUUUUCUACACUGACAGUCCAUAAAAUGUCUUCCCUUAACAUCGGCGGUGGUUUCUGAGAAUGGCGGUUCAACAAUAACAUUGUUUCUAACGGUGACGGUAUGUCAUACCUGUAAAUGAUGUUUAUCUGUCAUGCCUAGUCAAAUAAUUUAAACAAUAAAAAGAGGGAUUUUUUAAAAAUGUCUAUAUUAUCUGAAAGUCCCUUUGAUGUGUAGUUCUGGUGUUACCGUUGUUGUAGUGUAUGUGAUACCCUACUGGGAUUGUGUUACUUUUUAAGAUAAUAAAAUAACAAUGUUUGGUUACA